UUAAAAGACGUCUAACAAUAGUAAUUUACUUAACGAAAAAUCCAAAAAAGGGAAAAAAAAAAAACAAAAAGUCUAACAAAAAGCUGCUAAAAGACCAAUAUGACACCACCGCCAGAGCCAUAGCCAGGCAGGGCCAUUGAGCCACCAUUGAAAGCAAACGCAAUCGGCAACUGAGAAAGUGGAUAUGUCGUCGAAAGAUAUAGUGAACAUCUCCGACGACGACGACGACAACGAUAUAACACUGCUCUAUUAUCACAACAAGAAGAAGAAAAAUGUUAUCUCAGUCGAACAGUACUCUGAGGACAGAGACCUCCACCUCGCAAUCAUGGCUUCUCUGUCCUCCCCAACACCCAAUAGGUCUAAAAGAAGGUUCAUAGACCUUACUCACGAAUACCCAAUUGACGACGAUGAUGUUCAAGUCGUAACUUCAUGGACUUCCAAUCGGACGACAAGAAAAAAGCCCUUUACGAUCUCCGAAACAGGGGAGUCUUCCAAUCCCAAUUUUCAUACUCAUACCUUUAUAUGUGAAAUCUGUGUUGAGCCAAAAUCACACAAUGAAUCAUUUAGCAUAAAGGGUUGUACACAUUCUUACUGUUCCGAUUGUGUGAUCAAAUAUGUGGCUUCAAAGCUACAAGAUAACGUCACGCAGAUUCAAUGCCCUGUUCCUGGCUGUGGAGGGUUUUUGGAGCCGGAGCAUUGCCGAACAAUUUUGCCACCGGAGGUGUUCGACAGGUGGGGAAGUGCUCUCUGCGAGGCUGUGAUUCCGGGAUCGGAGAAAUUCUACUGCCCUUACAAGGAUUGCUCGGCGCUUUUGAUUGAUGAACCAGAGAAUGGACAGGUUAUUACUCGAACGAAGUGUCCCAAUUGCAAGAGGUGGUUUUGUGCCCAGUGUAAGGUGGCUUGGCAUGCGAGGAUGGAGUGCGCGGAUUUUCAGAAAUUGAAUAAGGAUGAGAGAGACAAGGAAGAUAUUAUGUUGUUCAAGCUUGCUAAGAGGAGGAACUGGAUUAGGUGUCCCAAUUGCAAAUUCUAUGUUGCGAGAAAUAAAGGCUGUAAUCAUAUGCGAUGCAGAUGUGGACACAAUUUCUGUUACAAGUGCGGAGAACUUUUAUUAAACAAUAAACAUCAGUGUACUCCGAUCUCUUUCACAAGGUAAAUGUAGAAAGAGUAGUGCAUGGAAUGGCUAUAUUAGUAAUUUACAUAUUAAACCAUUAUUUAAAGUCGAAUCUUAAUGGAAUGGAAACUACAUAAAUCUCUAAUA